UCCAGUUCUAAGAAGCAUUCUUCGUCCUCGUCCAAAUCUUCCAAGUCGAAGACGAAACCAGACGACUGGACCGAUAUCACGGAGCCUGAGGAGAGGAGACGGAUUCAAAACCGAAUUGCACAACGCAAGUUCCGGGAAAAAAACAAAGAGCACAGGGAGAAAUCAGAGCGAGACAUACACAACCAGGAGCACGCCGGCAGAACCUACCACGUCCCCGAACCGCAAGAGAUCACCGAUGAUGGGGGCAACGUCUCGGGCUUGCCGUGGGGUGGAGUCAAUAUGCGAUACGUGGUAGCCCGCGGCCACGAGAACGAGAGUAGACGUGGCAGUGGCAAGGGC